AUGGCUAUCAGAACAGCGUCACAUUCCGGUACCUGGUACUCAGCAAACCCCGUGAGAUUAAACAAACAGCUUGAUGAAUUUUUGAAGGCUGCUCCACCAUCAGUUUCUGGUGCAAGACUAUUAAUUGGACCACAUGCUGGCUAUACUUAUGCUGGUGCUACUCUAGCAGAGACUUAUAAUGCUUGGGAUACUUCAAAUGUCAAAAGGGUUUUCAUUCUAGGCCCAUCUCACCAUGUUUAUUUCAAAAAUGUUGCUUUAGUUAGUGGAGCUGAUGAGUAUGAAACGCCAUUUGGUAACCUGCCUGUUGAUACCCAAGUUGUGGACGAGCUAGUGAAAAAUAAAGUAUUCAAGAAAAUGAGUAUGGAUGUUGAUGAGGAUGAGCAUAGUUUUGAAAUGCAUUCUCCAUACAUCUACAAACUGACACAUCAUCUACCACAAGGUGUCCCAUCAAUUGUUCCUAUAAUGAUUUCACAUUCUGACGAGGAGUUCAAUGCAAAGGUUUCAUCAAUUCUUGCUGAGUAUUUGAAAGAUGAAUCCAAUACAUUCGUUAUCAGUAGCGAUUUCUGUCAUUGGGGGUCUAGAUUUGGUUAUACCUCUUAUACACCAAGCGGUUCUUUAGAUGACCUGGAAGAUUUAUCAUCUAACUCCAAGAUCCUGUCAAGUGGAUUAAGUAUAUAUAAAUCAAUUGAAUACUUGGAUAAAUUAGCCACCAAGAUUGCCUCAACCGGCUCUUCAAAAGAUUGGAAGAAUUAUAUCAAGGCCACUGAGAAUACAAUCUGUGGACAGAAGCCUAUUUCAAUCCUUUUGGAGACCAUCGAACGUACCAAAGAAAAUGAGAACUUGGGUGAAGAUUGGGGUAAGUUCAAGUGGAUAGGCUAUAGCCAAAGUAGUCAAGUGACUUCUGUUCGUGAUAGCAGUGUAAGUUACGCUAGUGGAUAUGCCACAACCUCCUGA